GAAUAAACAAACACACCACAUUCCUAAUUCUAAAAAAAAAAAAACUAAUGACGAUAAGUUCGAAAACCCAACUUCCCCUAACCCUUCCGGUCAUCAACUUCUCGAUUCCGAACCUCAAGCCGGAAACUCCAGAGUGGGACUCGGCGAGAGCCCAAGUCCGAAGAGCCCUAGAAGACUACGGAUGUUUUGAGGCCUUGUUCGACGGAGCUUCAGCGGAGCUACGGAAGGCACUGUUCGAGGCCUCGGAGGAAGCUUUCGAUUUACCACUGGAGACCAAACUAAGUACAAAAAAAUCGGACGAAAUCUACAAAGGAUACGUUGGUCAGGUUUCGACUAUACCUUUAUACGAAGGUAUGGGCUUUGACGGUGCAGAUAGUCCUCAAGUUGUCGAUGAAUUGACCUACAAGCUUUGGCCUCAAGGCAACAUCACCUUCAGCAAGAAUGUUCAGUCAUUUACGGAGAAUUUAAUAUCAUUAGACAUGAAGGUGAGGACGAUGAUCAUGCAGAGUUUCGGUCUCGAUAAAUACAUCGAGGAGCACCUUAAUUCAGCGAAGAACCACUUUCGUUUGCUUAAAUAUAGAGGCCUUGACGAAAACACAGAGGAGCAGCUAGGCCUUGACCCUCAUAUCGAUAGACAUUUCCUCACUAUACUUUGUCAAAAUAACGUAGUAGAUGGUUUGGAGAUCAAAACCAAAGAAGGUGAGGACUGGAUCAAAGCUAAGCCAUCUCAAGACUCUUCUUUCCUCGUUAUAGCCGGAGCUUCACUUCAUGUACUACUGAAUGGUAGGGUGUUUCCUCCGCUUCACCGUGUGGUAAUAACCGGAAAGAAAGAUCGGUACACGGCUGGACUGUUCUUGCUUCCCAAAGAAGAACUGAUCAUAAAUGCAUUCGAGGAGAUGGUCGAUGAUGAACAUCCUCGUCUCUAUAAGCCUUUUGAUUAUAACGCUUACUUUAAGUUCACCUACACCGAUACCAAGAAGAGGGAUUUAUCGGCUCUCAAAACUUACUGCUCUCUCUCUAAAGAGGAUUGAAUCCUUGCCAAUAAAUAAAGCUAUGUAUAUAUGUAUCAUUUGAUCACUAGCUAGCUAUGCUUGUUUAGUUUGCUCUUGAGUUGGUUUGUUGUUACAUUUAUUUUGUCUUGUUGGCGCUUGAGCUUGUAAUAAAACCUUGACUUACCGAUACUCCAAAAUAAAUGUUUUGAUCAUGGAAUUAAUUAA